UUGUAAUCAUUACAUCGUGGUGAUAGUACAACGAAGUGGAGUAGUGUCAGAAAGUGGCAAGUGUCGGGCCGCUUUUCUCCAAAAAUUACCGAGAAGUGCUGGUUGUCCGAUUGCGUAUCGUUUCGUAACGAGGCAAACGUACGCUGUCGUCUUCGUUGAUCGGACGUGCACAACGAAAAAUCCCGAAAUCCCUGGCACAGAUCGUAAGAUUCCUCUUUUCUCGAAACGUUCACGACGUAGAGAGAACGGUGUGUGGAACGCGGAGCCAAUCAACGAUGGCUUGGUUUAAUUUUCUUCUUGCGACCGGACACACGAGGCUUGAGACAUUUCCCGUCGGUUCGGGUUGACGGAGAUUCCCCCCGUUUUCUUCACUACGGAAGAGGAACACAGCCCCGGCCCGUUGUUAUUCGGCGCGUGAUCCGAACGUUCGACGUCGGUGCUCUUCUUUUUCCGCCGUUUUUGAAUCGCCGCGAGCGUGUUAAUUAAACAAACAAACUGUGCUCGAGCUGGUGUUAAUCGGACACGCCGCGAGAAAAUCUGGAAAGGACGUGUGAGUCGAUGGGAAGCAGGAGGCGGCGGAGGAGAAAAGCCAGUAAUUUAGGACUAUCCCGAGAUAUGGAGAAUAACGACGAAGCGCGCACCGUGGCCGAACGUGCGUCGACAUCGAAGGAGGAACCUCUAUGGCCCACCAACACUGAGGAUAAUUACGGCUGCGAACAUUAUAAGCGAAGGUCCAAGUUCGUGACACCAUGUUGCAACAAGGUAUACACGUGUCGAUUUUGCCACGACCAGGAGGAAACUCAUACCGUAAACAGAAAGGAAGUCACAGAGCUGAUAUGUGUCCUGUGCGAUACCCGUCAGCCUGUACAAGCCACUUGCCAAAACUGUCACUGUCGGUUCGGCAAAUAUACAUGUCUCGAAUGCAAUCUGUUCGACGACGAAGACAAGAAUCAGUAUCACUGCGACGGCUGUAGGAUAUGCAGGGUCGGUGGUCGCGACCGAUUUUUCCACUGUGCCAAGUGCAACAUGUGUUUGCCGGUUCAGUUACAGAAUGGGCACACGUGUGUAGAAAAUGUUUCUCAUGACAAUUGCCCAGUCUGCCUGGAAGAUAUUCACACAAGUCGUAUUCCUUGUCACAUUCCAAACUGUGGUCAUUUACUCCAUCGCACGUGUUUUGAAGAGUUGUUACACUCAGGACAUUAUGCAUGUCCCACAUGCCAAGUAUCCCUUUUAGAUAUGACUGACUUAUGGAGAUUUUUGGAUAUGGAAGUAUCAUCAACACCAAUGCCAGAAGAGUACAGGGAUUAUAAGGUUGAUAUUCUGUGCAAAGACUGUCAUGAGGAGUCAACAGUAAAAUUCCAUGUUGUAGGUUUGAAAUGUUUGAAUUGUGGAAGUUAUAACACUUGCAGAGUCAAAGGAUCUCCGUCACCGGCAGUACCAGCCACAUUGGACUAAACAUCCGGUGUCAGCGAUGCGAGCGACGAAAAGUAGAUCCGCCA